CUCUUCAUCUCGUCACUCCCCCCGGUGACCAUGUAUUAAUACAGUACAAGUACAUACAAGAAUCAAGCUCGCCUGCCACACUGCAAAUCGAGAAAUUUCAUAUUCGCCAGCUCUCCCUCGAAGUUCACGCGCCGCUGACUUCCCCUGCACCCAAAACGAACAGAAUUGAAUCGUUCCUGCCUACCAGCAACGCAACGAUCGAGCGAGAAGCUACCAGCACUACGCACAGAGACGUGCACGGUGCGGCUGUAAAAUCUGUUUUCGAAUGGGCAUGGCGGCGGCCGGCGGUGGGCGGCUUGGGAGGCCGCUGUCGCGGGGCGGCAGCAACAAGCAGACGCCGCGGACCAUCAACAGCAUCAGGAUCGCCCUGUUCGCCGCCUUCAUCACCCUGCUCGUCCUCCGCGGCACCAUCGGCGUCAACCGCCUCGCCCACAGCGGCGUCGCCGUCGCUGGCUCCUACGGCGCAGCGGCUGACGCCCGGGUUGUCGAGGACAUCGAGCGCGUCCUCCGCGAGAUUCGCUCUGACUCCGGCCCCGACGACGAUGAUGCAGCGUUCAGCUCGGCCACGCAGUACUACGACCACGGCAACGCCUGGUCGACGACGAACUACAGGCUCGGCCCCAGGGUCACGCGCUGGAACGCCAAGCGCCGGCAGUGGCUGUACCGGAACCCGGGCUUCCCGUCCCGCGACGCGCGCGGCAACCCGCGGGUCCUGCUCGUCACCGGCUCGCCGCCGGGACCCUGCGACAGACCCAUCGGCGACCACUACCUGCUCAAGGCCACCAAGAACAAGAUCGACUACUGCCGCCUCCACGGCAUCGAGAUCGUGCACAACAUGGCGCACCUCGACACGGAGCUCGCGGGCCACUGGUCCAAGCUCCCGCUGCUGCGGCGGCUCAUGCUGGCGCACCCGGAGGUGGAGUGGGUCUGGUGGAUGGACAGCGACGCGCUCUUCACCGACAUGGGAUUCGAGCUCCCGCUCGAGCGCUACAUGGUGAGCAACCUCGUCAUCCAUGGCCACCAGGACCUCCUCUUCAAGACGCGCUCCUGGGUCGCCAUCAACACCGGCAGCUUCCUUCUCCGCAACUGCCAGUGGUCGCUGGAGCUGCUCGAUGCCUGGGCCAUAAUGGGGCCGAAAGGCCGCGUCCGCGAGGAGGCAGGGAGGCUGCUGACGGCGAGCCUGAAAGGCCGGCCGGCGUUCGAGGCCGACGACCAGUCGGCGCUCAUCCAUCUCCUCCUCACUGAGAAAGACACAUGGAUGGAGAAGGUGUACCUCGAGAACGAGUACUACCUGCACGGCUUCUGGGCGGGGCUGGUGGACAACUACGAGCAAGUGAUGGCGAAGCACCACCCCGGGUACGGCGACGACCGGUGGCCGUUCGUCACGCACUUCGUCGGGUGCAAGCCGUGUGGCGGCAGGUCCAGGGACUACGCGCUGGGCCGGUGCGUCAAGGGCAUGGAGCGCGCCUUCAACUUCGCCGACAACCAGGUGCUCCAGCUCUACGGCUUCCUGCACCAGUCGCUGGCGAGCGCCGAGGUCAAGCGCGUCGCCAACCGGUCUGCUAACCCGCUUGAGGCCAAGGAGGCAGCUCUCGCUUUCUUGAGAAAACCCAAGGCGCCGGCUAUCAAGAGCCAAGAUGUACGCAAAAAUCGAAAGCGCUUAGUAAAGAGAGAAUCUGUUCUUGCAAGAAUCCUGAGGAGACUGGGAGGGCGAUUCGGGUUUUGAUCAGUUCUGUGUUUUGAUUGUUCUAAUGUUUCAGUUAGGA